AUGUCAAUCAUGGGAAUCAUGACCAUGGUCACCAUGAGCACCAUCAUGAGGGCCAUCACGGACAUGGUCAUCACCAUGGCCAUAACGAGGCACAUCGACAUGGACAUAAUGAGGCUCACCGUCAUGGACAUAAUGAGGCUCACCGUCAUGGACACAGCGAAGGACAUCGUCAUGGCCAUCAUCAAGAGCAUCGCCAUGGCCAUAGCCAAGAUCACCGCCAUGGACAUGACCAAGCCUUGCUAUAUCUUGACGGAGAAGAGCCUAUGCCGGGAUCUUUACAUCCUCGCCGAGAAGGCAGAUCAUGCGGCUCAUCUUGUGCAGACUAGUCUCUGCCGCCAGAACUCGACCUGCUGGGAUCAUAUCCGUGAGGCUAUCUAUAGACUCGAGUAUGGUCUUGAUCUCUUUGACAAAUAUGUCGACCACACCACCCUCGACAAGUGCUUCACCCGCGCUGAGGAGGCUGUCGUGACCAAGUGCUACAUUCACUAUGCUCAAUCGGUUAUCCGCCUCCUAAAGGUCACCCACGAGUCGGGUAGGUACCUCGAGGGUGAGGUCGACCGUCCCAUCCUGACCGCUAUCAACAGCUUGCGUGCCGCCGACCGGGCUUUCGUUCUGGAUCUUGGACGCCGCAUUGAAUCCAAGGAAUCUCUCAAGGUCAUCAUGCGCAAGCAGGGUGCCGAUGACGGUACUACUGGAGAUAGUGUCCAGGAGGCCUUUAACAGGUUCAUCUCUACACCUCUGAUCACGGGUGAAGAUUUCAAGAACUACCCAUCCGAAGCCGAGGAAAGGGCUAGGAAGGUUGAGCAUUAUGGUAAGGGUGGUCGGAAGCACGAUAGCCAUCACGGUCACGGUCACGGUCAUCACGGUCAUGGACAUCAUGGGCACGGUCAUGAACACGGACACGGUAUCUACCGUGGUUAUAAGAAUCAUGGCCAUGAUGGUGGUUACACCGAGACUCUUUCUCAUGUUCGAAAGGGAAAGGAUGGCUAUCAUCAUGUUCACCACCACGGCCAUCACCAUGGCCAGAAGGGAGAUCAUCACCACGGACAUGACGGCGGUCAUCACCGUGGCCAUCAUCACGGCCAUAAGGAGGGCCACCACGAGCUUCACGGGCACAAGAAUGAGCAUGGCCACGGAAACAAGCACGGUCAUAGCCACGGGCAUCAGGAAGCCCAUCAUCAGGGCCAUCGCGAGGGUCACGGCCACCAUCACGGUAAGCAUCGCGGCCAUGCUGACCAUCACCAGAAGCGCAGCUUUUUCAUGUUGCAACAAUCCAUACGUCCCGUCCUCAUGACGGGGGACAAGAUAAGGCCGCUGAAGCCGCUGACUCCAAAACAGGAAGAGGAGAACAUCCGCCAGCACAGGAUCCACGACGACGUCGAGGACACGGUGGAGAGGUGGCAGGGUUCUGACGACAUGACGUCGCCCUAUAGUUACUACCGCGAAAAGGCAAGGAACGAGCGCCUGCCGCCUCAGUACAGGAAUCGAGGCGAGCAGUACGCCGCUGACAAGCUCCGUGAGGACCGCGGUGGCCAUGGGAACCGUGACCGCGAUAGUCACUACGACGACGACAAGCACCAUGGCAAGUUUGACGACGAUGAGAAUAUCGACUACUUCUUUGAUGAGCUGGAUGAUGGUGAUGCGCCGCCGUAUCCCAAGAGCGAGCACAAUGGGCGUCUUCAUGAUGAUCAUCGGCAUCAAGAUACGCCGUAUCAUCACCAGGAGGAGUACAAGUUUGGGGAUAGGAAGUAUGGUUAG